AUGAUACACCGCCGCUCUUCCUCAACAGAAGCCUCCAAGCCAACAGAAGCCAACAAAAUAUCUCUCGCCGGCGCGCCAGACAUAACCAACCACUACACGAUCUUCCCUCAAACGCUACCGGCAGGCCCGCCACCAGGCUCGGCAUUCGCAAUCUCAACCAGCGAUCUCCGCCGCGAAUUCCUGCAACUGCAAGGCCUUGUCCACCCUGACAAAUACCCGAACGGAGCGGAGAAGCAGCUCGCCGAGGGCCUCUCAGCACGGAUCAACGAAGCGUACCGGACACUCCUGGACCCGCUGCAGCGGGCACAGUACAUUCUACGGGAAUGGCAUGGGAUCGACGUGACGGCGGAAGACGCGUCGACUAAGCAUGCGCUUGAUGCGGAGACGCUGAUGGAGGUUAUGGAGGUGCAGGAGACUAUUGAGGAGGUUGGGGAUUCUGCUGAGGCGGAGGCGCAGAUCAACGAGCUUAAGAAGGAGAAUGAGGGGAGGGUUGUUGAGUGUGUGAAUAGGCUUGGAGAGGCAUUUGAGAAGGGGGAUUUGGAGGCUGCGAGGAAGGAGUGUAUCCGGUUGCGGUUUUGGUAUAGUGUUGGGGAAGGGUUGAGGGAGUGGGAGCCUGGGAACACGCAGAUUCGGUUGAUGCAUAGUAGUUAA